CAGUCACCGGGGACUUCUAUUGCUCAGCUCACCAAGCUCAUAUAAUACCUAGUAGCUCGAGCACAGCAACGCACGCAGCCAUGGCGAGCAUGGAGAGCCGAAGCCUCCCCAGGGCAGCAGCCACCUCCAUGGCGCUAGCUAUCGCCAUUGUCUUCCUGAUCUACACAACCGCACGACUGGGAGAUGCGGCAUCCGUUGAGCACACGUUCAUGGUGAGCCAGGUGAAGAUGACACACUUGUGCAAGGAGACACUGGUCACCGUGGUGAAUGGGCAGCUCCCAGGACCAGCGAUAGAGGUCACGGAGGGAGACUCGGUGACUGUUCAUGUCGUGAACAAGUCACCCUACAACAUAACAAUACACUGGCAUGGAGUGAAGCAGUGGCUUAACUGUUGGGCUGACGGGGUGCCGAUGAUUACCCAACUCCCUAUCCAGCCAAACCAAAAUUUCACCUACCGGUUCAACGUCAUCGGGCAGGAAGGCACCUUGUGGUGGCAUGCUCACGUCCCCUUCCUCCGGGCAUCACUGCAUGGCGCCCUCAUCAUCCGGCCAAGAAAUGGGGCGAGCUCAUAUCCAUUUCCAAAGCCAGACAGGGAGGUCCCAAUCAUAAUAGCGGACUAUUGGCAGCUAGACCUUGCACAGGCGGCAAGGAGGAUGAUGCAUGGUUUCUUGUUUUCUUUCGCCAAUGCUUCCACGAUCAAUGGCAAGCUUGGAGAUAUCUUCAAUUGCUCUGGUGUGCCGGAAGAUAACUACGUAUUGGACGUUGUGCCUGGCAAGACCUAUCUGCUACGAAUAAUUAACGCCGCGCUCUUCGCCGAGUUCUACCUAAAGAUAGCUGGGCACAAAUUCACUGUGGUUGGUGCCGAUGCCAGCUACGUCAGCCCAUACACCACGGAUGUCAUUGCCAUCGCGCCCGGCGAGACAGUGGAUGCCUUGGUUGUUGCUGAUGCGCCCCCUGGAAGGUACUACAUGGUUGCCCUGCCCAAUCAGGCGCCAUUGCCGGACACCCAGACCCCCGAAUACACAACCAGAGGGAUCAUGCAGUACAGCAACACUCACAGUUCUGCUGAUGAUCCAGCAGGACUAAUAUCAGAUCGUGGUGUGGAAGAAGAAGAAGAAGAUAAAGGUUCAUCCGGUGAUGUGCCAGUAGCACCUGAGAUGCCUGAUAUACAUGACACAAUUACAUCUUACUACUUCCACAGCAACCUGACCAACCUGUACCAAACGGUGGUCCCUCAGCGAGUUGAUGAACGUUUGUUCAUCGUGCUCAGCCUGGGUUCAAUAUGUCAGCAUGGCCAGUCCUGCAGGAGGGGUGAUCACAAUGAGACCAUCCUCAUCGCAACCAUGAACAACGUUUCCUUCCAGGAUCCCACGGGGAAGACGCCACUACUAGAAGCACACUACUACCACACUGGAAGCGUGGACUUGAUGCAAGAACUUCCGGACAGACCACCAAGGGCAUUCAACUUCACUGACGAAGCCUUAAUCCCGUAUGGGCCCAAGGAGAUGCGCUUAGAGCCAUCGUAUAAGGCCACGGUGGUGCGUAGGUUCCGGCAUGGUGCCGUAGUGGAGAUGGUGUUCCAGAGCACAGCAGUUCUACAGGGCGAUUCCAACCCGAUGCAUCUACAUGGUCACAACAUGAUCCUUCUUGCACAGGGGUUUGGUAACUUCGACGCCGCGAAAGAUGUUGCAAAAUACAACUUGGUGAAUCCACCGGUGAAGAACACUAUUCUUGUCCCAAAUCUUGGGUGGGCUGCCAUCCGAUUUGUUGCGAACAAUCCAGGAGUAUGGUUCAUACAUUGCCACUAUGAAUUCCAUUUGACUAUGGGCAUGGCGGCAGUAUUCAUUGUAGAGGAUGGUCCGACAGUAGACACAUCUCUCCCUCCACCACCUGCUCAUUUUCCAACAUAUUGUGGUCAUGACGACAAUCUCCUUCCGGAUGAACUGUGCCUCCAAACUAAGAAGGAUGCAUGAAAUCCCACGUAUAAAUGUAGUCUGAAUAAAUAUUACUGCAACCGCCAGUUAUCAAAUUAAAUAAUGGAUGGCCCACGCUAGUACCUAGAUUCAAGUAUGCAUAUUAAAACUACUGUAUCGUCUUCACUCUAUCAAUAAUGCGAGGCCAAUUAUACGACAAUCUUCACUCUAUCAAUAAUGUGAGGCCAAUUAUACGACAAUCCCCUUUUAUAUCCA